CCUUCCCUCUGUCCCUGUAGAAGGGCUGAACGAGAGCCAGGAAAAGGGGGAGGGCCUCCCUCUCCUCCUCUCCAGCUGACAAAAACAGCUGCCCAGGAGCUUGGGCUGGAGCCUGUUUAGAGGACAAGGGGAAGAGGACAGAGAGGGAGAGAGGAGGAGGGAGGACAGAAGGAGAGAAGAGAGUGAGGAGGAGGAAAAAGUCCCCAAGUCCAAGACCCUGUCCACCUAUAUGGGUUGCGUCCUGAGUUCGGACUGGUGUGGGGAGGAAGAGGUGCAAUCGGUGCCGGUGGUCAGAAACUCGUCUCUGAAGAGAAGGAGCCUGGAGAGGAGUGAGAGUGGCAGGAUGAGGCUGACAAAGGCGGGGAAGGGAGAGCCCCACAUCUUCAAGGAAAAGACCUUCAAGAAGAAGCGGCAGUGCAGCGUGUGUCGUCAGAGCGUGGACCACGUGGGCUCCUUCUGCAGAGUAUGCAAGACAGCCACCCACAGGAAGUGUGAGGCCAAGGUGACCUCUGCAUGCAUCCCAGUGCCCUCCAAUGAUCUGCAGCGUAGAGGGACCGGUCCGUCUCGACACACCCAACACCUGGGUUCCACGAAGUCUCUGACCUAUACCAAACAGAGAAACACCCUGCCAAGGAGCUUCAGUGUGGACCGUGUGAUGGAGAGAGUGAUGGAGCGCCACUACGACUUCGACCUGACCUACAUCACCGAGAGGAUCAUCUCCGUCUUCUUCCCCCCAAAGCUGGAGGAACAGAGAUACCGGCUUAACCUGAAGGAGGUGGCUGCCAUGCUCAAGUCCAAACAUCAAGACAAAUUUCUGCUCCUGAAUCUCUCCGAGAGGCGCCACGAUAUCACCCGAUUAAAUCCCAAGGUUCAUGACUUUGGCUGGCCUGACCUCCACGCCCCACCGCUGGAUAAGAUCUGUGCCAUAUGUAAGGCCAUGGAGACGUGGCUGACCUCUGACCCCCAGCACGUGGUGGUCCUGCACUGCAAGGGCAACAAAGGGAAAACAGGCGUGAUCAUUGCGGCCUACAUGCACUACAGCAAGAUCUCCGCAGGGGCGGACCAGGCUCUCAGUACUCUGGCCAUGAGGAAGUUCUGUGAAGAUAAGGUGUCCUCUUCCCUCCAGCCGUCCCAAAACAGGUAUAUCUAUUACUUCGGGGGCCUCCUGUCUGGGGCGAUCAAGAUGAACAGCAGCCCUCUCUUCCUCCACCAAGUUCUCAUCCCAUCGCUCCCCAACUUCCAGGGUGAAGGAGGUUACUACCCCUUCCUGAAGAUCUACCAGGCCAUGCAGUUGGUCUACACUUCGGGCAUAUAUGACCUUCAAGGCACUGGAGGUAGGCGUCUGUGUGUGACCAUUGAACCAGCACUGCUGCUGAAGGGUGACAUCAUGGUGAAAUGCUACCACAGGCGAGCACAGAGUGCUGACAGAGACACUGUGUUCAGGCUGCAGUUCCACACUUGCACCAUCCACGGAUCCCAGCUCUGGUUUGGCAAAGGAGAGCUGGAUGAAGCUUGUACUGAUGAGCGUUUUCCAUCUGAUGCCACAGUAGAAUUUGUCUUCUCCUCUGGACCUGAGAAGAUCAAAGGUCGUGAGUACCAGAAGAACGACCCAGCUGUCACAGUCGACUACAACACUGCUGACCCAGUGGUUCGCUGGGAUUCCUAUGAGAACUUCAACCAGCGAUACCAGGACAGCCUGGAGGAUAUUGCCCACACCAGAGGUCCUCUAGAUGGCAGUCUCUACGCUCAGAUAAAGAAGCGGCGAGGGCCAGGCUCUGGUUCUCUCACCUCGACUAAUGGCAGCAGCCCGGGGGCAGGCCUACCUGAAGAUAGGCCCGAUCAUCUCAUCGCUCAAGGUUCUGACUCCGCCCUCUCAGGCCAUUCCAUCCAUUUGAACCAAUCAUCUGUCCAUUCGGAACGUCAGGAGGAGCCCAUUCGUCCGCCGCCUCCAACCAGACAGGAACGAGAGGAGCUUGAACGUCUUCUCGGAGGCAUAGAGGGAAACCGAGAUGGAGAGCGAGAGACCGCCAUCUUGGAUGAUGGAGAUUCCUUGCCCUCAGAGCGAACCGGGACGUUGAGGCUCAGUCGGUCAUGUUCCUGCCGCGACGGUUACCGGUCUCAGCGCUGUGCUGAGCCUGGUUGUGACCGCACCCUCCUCAUGCCUAAUGGUUACUGCCUGGAUCGGGCUCCCGGCACCAACGGGCACCACGGGGCGACACCUUCUGCCAGCCCCAACCCAGCUGCUCCUCCGUCACACAUGGAUCUGUGCCAGCACUACAGUCCCCACUCCCACCAGUCCCUGCCCCCUCCAGAUUUGGUGUGGGACCGCCAAGGGGGCCCGCCCCACUACCUACACCGCUCCUGCUCAGAGGCUCCCUCAUCUCGACAUAUCUGCCCAUACUCAUCACCAGACCUCACCCCUCACUCUCACACCCCUCCACAUCACCACCCUCUGUCUGCCACGGGUCGCCUCUGCUGUCGAGAAGAUGAAUACGGUCCCUACCACCACCCUCCCCCACCUCACAGCCACCACCAUGCUCAUGCACACCACCCCAAACCCUCCACCAGCCCUACCUACCAUGAUAUAAUGCUAAUGGAUGGUCUUCCGCCCCCCGGCUGCCCUUGCAGAGACUGCACUAUCAGGAGAGAAGACUCAGCGGCCUAUCACGGCCUGAGGCUGGACCGAGGUGACAGCUUUCAAUGGGACAGAGAGGCGGAGCUUCAGCAGAGGGAGGUGGGGCUUAGGAGAGCCAGGGAGGCAGAGUUACCCAGAGGGUCAGAGCUCCACUGGGAGAGGGAUCCCGGGCUGAGGCGAGGCAGAGAGCUGUCCCUUCACUGGGAGCGAGACAGGGAGGCUGAGCUGCAGUGGGAGAGGGAAAGAGAGGCUGAAUAUUGGCACAGGAGAGCCACCAUAGCCUCCUAUGGCCAACAGGGUCACGAUCUUCCUGCCUUCCAAUUUGACCCCUUGCCAUCGGGUCACCCAGCUUAUCCAGAGGCGUCGAGGUCUCAUGCUCAUUCUCACCUGGAUCUGAAGUACAGCAGCAGCAGCAGUGGUUACCAAACACCCCGCCAAGUGUGCCCCUGCUCACCCUACCAGCCCUCGCCAUCUGAAAGCAGGGGCUACGCCUCGGGCUACCAGUCUGAGUCCACGUCUCCGCUGCCCCCUGCCUCCACCAUGACGGGGCCCUGUGGCCACAGCAAUGGGCCAGCAGAGCAUAACCAUAGCCGCCACCCUCACCAUCCAGACUCCCAGCAGUCAUACGGCUCAGACUCACACACUGAUGGCCUUCGUAGCUCUGGUGAAAGUGUGGGCUGGAGGGAUCACAUUACCCACGGGUCCUUUAAGAGGGUCCACAGAGAUGGCCAAGCUGCAUCCUCCACACCGUCUGACAUGUCUGGACCGCCCACUCCUGUCCACACCAGCAGCCCUCUACGCACACAGGAAAGCCCCAGUCCAGGAGGGAGGGAGUAUGAGAUCCGGACCACAGACAUCAUCAGCAGUGACUACGACGCUUCCCAGGCCCAGGACAGACACUAUCGAGCUGACGACAUCCUCCCGGAAUCCCCGGAAAGCCAAAAAAGCAGCACAGAGCCGUCAUCUAUGUCAUCCACCAAAGACACGCAGUCGCACACAACCACACCUAUUCAAACAGAGCCCCACAACCACUGCACUGCACAAACAGAGCCAGCCCCUGCAGCUCCCUAUCAGCAGCACUGUAGUCCAGAUAUGCGCUCAGCUUCUUCGUUUGACUCCGUGACAUCAACCACAUCAAACCAGGGACACUUCCAGGCUCCGUCAUCCCCUCUCCGUGCUUCACCUGCGCCAGAUACACACCCCCAGCCUGGCCCUCUCACUCUCCAGACGCCCCGUCUUUCAGAGGCUGCUGCUUUGCCUUCCGCCGUGGCACAGGCGGUGUCCCAGCCUCAGAGCCAGACCCACACCCAAACCACUGGCUGUGCAGGACCCAUCCCAGCAGAGGUCAACGGAUCUUCUCCAGCCGGGGAAGCUCACCCAGAAGCUCCAAAACCCACCAACACCUCCAACACCCAAGCGCCUGCAUCUCCCACCCCAGCUACAUCAUCAUCCCACCAGCCUGCAUCCAGCAGCAUGGAGGGCUCCCCUGUCUCCGAUGCCCCGGUUCCCGGCUUUGCCACCCUGGGUAGGAGGUUGAUGUUGAGUGGGUCUGACCCCCAACAUCCAAACCACACUCAGCAGCACAGUCCCCCACAUCACCACUACCCAGCCAUGGAACACAGUGCUCCUCUAGACACUAACAAGAGGCACUGCUACUCCCCUCACACUCCGCACCUUCAUCAGUCCUCCUACUCCAACUACUCCACCAUCUCCAUCCCCCUUCCUCACCCCCAGCCGCCUUUGCCAGAGAAGCGCCACCCUCCUGCCCAGUCAGGUUCACCCAGCGAUGGGGUGGGGACUCUGAGGCCGGCCGUGGGCCAUGUGCCUCCCUCCACUGCCAGCACCACCCAGCAUCAGCACCAUGUCACAUUCUCUCCCACUGUGGGGGAAAUUGCACCCCCUGCAGGCCAGAAUGAUGGAGUGGCCCCUGUGGAGCCUGAGAUCGCAAACCGGGUCAGUGUGAAGUUUGUCCAGGAUAGUUCAAGGUUCUGGUACAAGCCUGGCAUCUCCAGAGAGCAAGCAAUCACAGCUCUGAAGGAGAGAGAGCCAGGAACCUUCCUGAUCAGGGACAGCAACUCUUUCCAGGGGGCCUAUGGCUUGGCCCUAAAGGUGGCUACGCCUCCUCCCAAUGUCAACAACCACAGCAGCAAGGCGAGUGACCCUCUGGAGCAGCUGGUCAGACACUUCCUAAUAGAAACAGGCCCUCGAGGAGUCAAGAUUAAAGGGUGUCAGAAUGAGCCCUACUUUGGGAGUCUGUCAGCACUGGUCUACCAACACUCCAUCACACCCAUUUCUUUGCCUUGCGCUCUGAAGAUCCUAGAAAAAGAUCUGAUAGGAGAGGUGCAGGAGGCUCAACCAGUGAGUAACAUCAGCACGGCUGCUGACCUGCUGAAACAAGGAGCAGCCUGUAACGUCCUCUACCUGAAUUCCGUGGAAACAGAGUCUCUGACCGGCCCGCAGGCCAUCGCCAAGGCAACAGAUGCGACCUUGGGUCGUAACCCGCGACCUGCAGCCACUGUCGUGCAGUUCAAGGUGACUUCGCAGGGCAUCACACUCACCGACAGCCAGCGCAGGGUUUUCUUCAGGAGGCAUUACCCGGUGAACAGCGUGACCUUCAGCAGCAUCGACCCUAAAGACAGGAGGUGGACUAACUCAGACAGCACCCCUGUUAAGGUGUUUGGUUUCGUAGCCAAGAAGCCCGGCAGCGUGGCAGAGAACGUUUGCCACAUGUUCGCCGAGUUGGACCCCGAACAGCCUGCCUCGGCCAUCGUCAACUUUAUCAACAAGGUCAUGCUGUCGCAGCGCCGAUAGACAAAGAGAGGAAAUGGAACUCGGAGCAUACAAGCAGUGGCAUGCAGCAUAUAGUAUUGACGCGGCAUUUACUGCACAGUAAUGGCCGAGUGCCAGUGCUUGUGUUCUCUAAGUUUGGGCGAUGACACCGAUCUUUGUCCAUCAGUCGAUGAUGUGACAAAGACUUUCUUAUUGUCAGGUGUAAAUACAUUCAGAAAGCAGUUGAAAAAUCUUAGUCCAGGAUCCCUACCGAAGGUUUUUCACUUGUUAAUUUGCCACUCUGUCUGCUCCUAAACAGCCUCCCCCUUUUCCAAAAGGCCUGAUUGGAAAAUAUACUGCAAAACAUUUCAGUUUUCUAAUAUAGUCACGUAUUGUUGGAUGAAAAAAACAUCAUAAAACAGAGUGAUCAAACAAGCCAUAAUGUAUAGCCUUACAACUCCUCCAAGUAUGAGGAGGCUGCAGAGGAAACCUCAACAAUCCGCAAUGGCUUUCCUGGUAAAAGAAGACAUCCUCUACAUCUGACAGGGACCUGUGUCAUGAAGUGGGUUAGCCAGCUAUCUUUGGGCACAACUCAGGUUUUUUUUCUGGAAUCAUGAAGCUGGCUCACUUUUAACAGGAGUAUAUUGGCAAUGACGCACGGAUCUGUGCUCCCGCUUCCUUCCUCCGUGUCCAUAUGUCGGCUCUGAAACCCUAACUCACUCCAGAACCUUAGCACUGAUGAUGUUGCGAGCAAUUGGCUGAGACUGAGAACUUUGACCCUUUCAAAUUAACAUGCUCAUAGCUGAAUAGGUAAACUGACAGUUAACCGAGCCAGUUGGUAACCAGCUGCAUGAUGUCCGUGCAGUCCUCACCGAAGGUAAAGCUCUUAAGAGAGCCAGACGUGAGUUGAGAGUUGAACUUGCUUCGUGAUACAGGCCCCCGGUAGAUGAUGGUUAAAUACCAUAAAUACUUUUAUCAUCUAGGUCCGGCUGGUGUCCAGUCGAACAAUGAUAGAAGUCCUUAAAGCAGCUUUAAGGACACAGAGCAACAAAGCGCUGUACGGUUCAACAUUCAGACUCCAUAACUGCCUUUAAAAACAGCAGGUGUUUAUAUUUUGUAUCGUUACAAAAUCCCUUGUUUAAAAAAGUGACCAAAGCCCUGAUGAUGUAAUUUAGUUUCUAUAUCUAGAGAUGUUCAGGUAUUCAGAUGUAUGUACAGCAUAUCUACAGCCACUCUUGCCUUCAACCCCACGACACCUUUAGCAGCGUAACACGUUUCAUCAUAAUCGACAAUCAUAAUUUUUUUUUUUUUUUCCCCACUCAUGUACACAUAAUAAUCGGAGCGAGUGAGAGACAUAACUCUCUAAUGAAAGUAAACAUGAACGUGAGGUUUUUAACUUUUUAACGAGUGUGUGCGAGGGAGUGGCGUGUGUGCGUGCGUGCGUGCGUGUGUUUGUUGAGGGCAUUGAGGUAAAUAUGUUGGGUAUAGUUACGUCCACUGUUAAAGAAAUGCAUGUGAAAUUGGGAAAAAGCUAGAUGGGGAAGGACGUAGAGUGUUAAACCACACCACUGCUGUGAAAUGUUUGGUGUUCAUUCACUGAUUCACAUCUUGUGACAAAAUCCAGUAUAAGACUUAUUCACACGUUAUCCAAGAGAAGAGAGGUAAACACACAUAAGGAAGGCAGUGGCCUCAAGACAGAUGUACUUAACCAAAGACCCAGCACUCUUGUAUUAAUAAGCUUUUUACCUAGCUAUAUUUUUUUACUUAUUGCUUCUUGUAUUUUUACUAUGCAUUUAUUUAGUGUGUUGCCUUGUUUGGUAAAAACCUAGAAAAACACUACUUGUAUUACAGCGAUAAUAUAUUGUGGUCUGUUUUCUUGUUGAUCUCUAUAUUAUGUAGUAAUAUAUUUUCACAUGCAGCUAUAGGACAGUGUAUGAGACAUAAAAAAGGAAACAUUUGGUUUUUUGAAAAGAAUAAUAUGCUAUUUUGUAUGCAAAAAAUGAAAACUAGAAUUAAACUGAAAUGAUGU